AUGAUCAAAGAAGACGAACAAACGAAGAAACUACAGGAAGUACAAGAAAAGAACAUCGAACUUGAUUUGGAAGUCAAACAGCUUACAGAGGAGCUCUCUACGGUUAAGGAUGAAUCAACCAUCAAAGAAAAUGAAUUAUUUGCAGAACUUCAUUCUUUACAAGAGAAAUACAGCGUACUUUCAAACUUAUUGGAUAUCGUCAAAGAACGAGCGGAUGAGGCGGAGAUGGAACUGGAAAAGUUCCGUUGCUCAUCUUCAACACACUCAGCCCGCAGUGCUUCAAAUGUCAGCGCUCUCAGUGACGCAAGCCUUGGCAGUGACGACGUAUUCUUGGUGCCACGUUCACCAGGUAGCACUAGACCGGAAGAUGAGGUCGUCAUUGAUAAAGACUGGGAGAAACAGUUUCGCAAGCGUAUUGGUUGUUUAGAGGCACUUUUGGCUGAGGAACGUUCCAAACUGUUGGCAUCGGAGAAAAAACUAAAAUUAAUCUCCACAGAUAUCGUAUCAACGGGACUCUCAGAUGAUGCCAAACUACAUCUGAGAGAGAAAGAACUCUUGCAAGAAGAGUUGCUGGAAAGUCAGAAACAUAUGCGAAUUGCCAGCGACCAAAUAUCUGGUCUACGUGAGAGAAUGCAAAUACUUGAAGAAGAGAACUUACGUCUGAAAGAAGAUUAUAGGAAGCUAGAGAUUGAAAUGACGGCCAGUAAACCGAGUGAUGCCGAUCAAGGUUCUAAUAUACAACGAGAAAACUUUGAAUCCAUAAAGAAACUUCAAGAAGAGAUUUUCACUUAUAAAUCAUUAAUCAAAUCUCUCGAAAAUGACUGCGCCAAAUUCAAACUACAAUCAGAAGAAUAUGAAUACAAGAUGAACAACCACAAAGAGAACAUGGAGAUGAUUUCAGUCGACUGUAAGAAGUACAAGGAACAAGCUGAAGAAUUGGAAUAUAAAGUAGCAGAGUUAAACGAAAUUUGGCGAUCGAAAAGUGCUGCUUCUGAAAAAGAGAAAGAAUCCAUACAAAUUCGCCUGAAAAACAAGAUUCUGGAUUUGCGAUCCAAAGAAGACCUUUUGUUAAAACUUCAGAAAACGUUACAAGUGAAAACAGUCUCCCUAGCUGAAAAAGAAAGAAUAAUAAAAGCAAAAGAAGCCGCUAUUUCUACCCGUGAUGAAGUAAUCCGUGGUCUUGAAGAAAUUUCAAAACAACGUGAUAACGACUUUCAGGCUCUUAUUGAGCAAGUCAGUAACCAGGAUGAAAAUGCGAAGAAACUACGGGAGUCUUUACGACAAAGAGAUGAGCGUUUACGAGAAAAAGAUGACAUGUUACAAAAGCUUAACAACAACAUAGGCUUAAAGCAAGAUGAAGUGAAGAAUUUGGACAAUGCUGUGAGAGAUUCUAUCACCAGACUUAGUCAAAAGGAAGAAGAGCUGAAAAAGUUAAGAACGCAUAUUUCUGAAGUAGAGAAUAUGAAAACCAUGAGUGAGACAGACGAACAGAAAGAAAAUACAGCACUGAAAAAUAAGUUUACUGAAUUAUUAAUAUCUGUAAAGAGAUUAACGGAUGACAAGGAGAAGCUUUCUAGGGACUUAAGUAUUAUGAAAAACAAUUUGAAUGACAAAGAAAGCAAAUCGAUCGAAGAAAAGAACGUAUUGCAAAUGAAAAUACGUACUUUGAACGAAAGACUUACGAAUGUUACAAAGACUGCCAUGAUGAACGAGAAGGAUUCGAUGCGAAUUCUUCGGCAAGAUAACCAGAAUAUGAUAGAAGAGAAAAAUCGUCUGAAUUGCGAAAUCAGGAAUCUACGUCAAGAAAUGGAUGAGAAACAAAAACUACUGGAUUCCCAGGCUGAUAUUGCUCAGGCUCUGGAAUCGAAGCGGAAACAGGUUGAAGAAUUAGCAGCCAUUAACAAACGUCAACAAGAAUCGAUCGAUCGAUUGGAAUCACAGGCAACGUUGGCGUUUCAACUGCAGCAGGAGGAGAGAGUGAGAAAAGCCGAACAGUUGGCUAUGAAAGUUCGUUAUGAGACCAAGAUUGAAAAGUUACAGCGAGAUUACAAUCAGUUGCUGAUUAAUUCGGAACGUGUAGCUAAAGAACGGGAACUCCAGCAAGAGAUUAUACGAGGUGUACAGCGUGGUAUGUUUAAUCUUAAAGACAAGUAUACCCAAGAUAGAAGCCGUUGGCAAACUGACAAAGAAAAGUUUGAAAACCAAGCUACAGAGGCUGAGAAGGGGCAAAACGAGGCUAACCAGCUGAAAAGUGAAGUAGAGAAAUUACGAAUGAAAAUUGAAGAUCAAGAGCGCAAGCUCCUGGAACAAGCCAAUAAGUUUGCAACGGAAAAAUCUGCCUUGGAAAUAAAUUAUUCAAGUGUACUGAGUGAGAAGAAUCAACUUGAAAACCAAAUGGCCACCAUAUCGAAAAGCAGUGAAGGCGAAAUGAUGUCGAAAAAAGUCUGGGAGAAAGAACGUUCCGAACAGAAAAGGUUAUUGACGGAAGCUCAUAACUUGGCCAUGGACUUGCAACAACAGUUGAAAACUCGUGACGAAGCUUAUUCUAAAGAAAGGAAACAACUCAUGAAUCGUCUGGAAAGCGAAAGAGAUACGUGGGAGAAGAAAAAGAUAGAACUUGAGAAGAAAUUAGCUGCGCUGGAAUCAAGCGGAAGACAAUUAGACGAAUUGAAAAUCAAAUACCAGGAUUUAGAAGACACAACCGUUAAAGACCAACAGAACUGGUUGAUAGAGAAAAAUGAAUUGGUGCGUCAGUUGACGGAACAGCGACAGAGAUUGCUAAAAGACAGUCGCAAGAUAGAAGAUCUUUUAUACCAGUUAAAUCACAUCAAAUCUCUGAUGGAACCUGAUAACAAAACUUCAGAAGGUGAAAUCAAUGCAAACAUCGUCUCAAGAAGCAGCAAACAUUUUUCACAGACUAUUCCAGCUAACAUGCCAGAGGUUUCAAUUGUAUUAAAUACAAUGACAGAUGAUCUCAUUCGAUAUAUCGACACCAAAGAUCGGGAGGUUCAGUCUCAAGUAAGAAGAAGUCUUUCCAGUACCCAAUUAGAACUGCACAAAGAGCUUGAAAAUGUUCUCGGUACGGAUACAUCAUCAGGUUUGUUAUCACCAGUGUCAGCAGGCAACGGUAUCACCCGAAGCCACACUAGUGAUGCUCUUCAGAAGAUGACCGUGACGACUUCUUCAACAGAUUUGCUAUCUCCACAACUGACCAUGAGUUACAACACAAGCCAUACCAAAUCUCGCUCACCAUCUCCCUCACGAAUUUCCAAACAAAAACCUCACUCAGUUUCCGUAAGCGGUUCGCAAGCAGCCUCCUCUCUUUCAGGGGAAUUACCUAAAAACAAAACGUUAAUCAAAAGCAUAUCGAUGGACAACCAAGAAGUCAUUUUCUCUGUCUCGAGCACCAAAACUGAACAGAAGCCAGCAAAAACAGAACCUUUAGCAACCACGACAUCAGCAACUUCUCUUAAUCUGUCCACGUCAUCAACGCUGCCACGUAUGUCUACUUCAACGACGACUAUGUCAUCGUCCUCGUCGUUUCAGCUAGUGUCACCAAAUCUUUCUGUACCAACAAGAAGUGUCAGCACUGAUAAUGUAUCUCCAAUGACAGCGCGAAAGCAGUUCUUUGCUCAACAAAGUGCUUCCGACUACGGUAUGUCGUGGCCCAGACGUGGAGCAGGUUUUGGUCACAGCAGACAGAUGAGUAUGCCUGAUGCAGGCGAGAUUAGAGUUUUAACGAGUGGUGUUAGUGAAUCGAAACAUUCUGUCUCCUGGAAUGAUAACGUCAAAGUUGUUGAGUCUGAGAAGCGAGAAGUUACCGUGACUUCAUCAUCGACAGAAAAUGUAUUACACGUAAAACCAUCAGGUGUCAAAGAGAAAAGACGUUUGUUUAAGAAAUCAAGUAGCGUUGAUAAUCCAGUUAUGAGUUCUAUUGCCAGAGUAGGCGUCCAAGCGGCACAACCUGCCGCUCCAUCAAUCAUGAAACCAUCAGAUCUAUUCAAAGCUAUGAAGCAGAAACUCCGUCCAUCUUUCAAAAAGACUUUUUCGUUUGAUUCUAAUCCUUUCAAACCUACUGGAGAAGGAUCAACACCAACCGAAUCGAUACAAAGUUGGGGACCUUCUGCGUCUGCUUCUCCUGAGCAAUUAUCACCUGAAAUUUUAGAAGAACCACCAAUGUCAGCAUUCCAUCCAAUUCAAACAUCAUCAGUUGAUAGAGAAGAGAAAAAUCGGUAUGAACAGAAAAAGGAAGACAAACAGACACAGGAUCAGAAAACAGUGCAUUCAGAUGAGGAAUCGGAUCGAUUGGGUAGAAUGGUUACUUCAAGCAGAAAAAUUGCCUUCCGAAAAAAUCGUUCAAAGUCAGCCGAUAGCCGCCAUGAAGAUCGAUUACGUCCUGUAGUUGUUCAUGCUGAUGUGAUCACCCCGAUAAGAGUAUGGGAAUUCAAUGAAACACCUGUCUGAAAACACCUGAAUAGCUUACAUAGAGAACUCUUAUUUUUAGUCGUGGAAACAUCAGGCGUGAAGAUUCUGUAAUGGUACCAGAAAUAACGGCUAUAUUUCUGGCAGAACCACAACUGAAUGAAAGAAGAAGAAGGGUAAAACAAACAAAUUUUUAAAAUGCCCGAUUGAAUUAACAUCCUCUUAAAGAAAGAGAGAAGAAAGAGAGGGUGUAGGAAAUUAAAAUGAAAUUCCACGUAGGAAUUAGCCAGUGGAGAAUAUUAAAGUCAUCAUUAGUUUUAUACUAAUUCUCAUACAUUAUGAUCGAAUUAAAAUCUCACAUGUUCCCAUCCCAAGCGUAGAAUAUUUGUCAGCCAUGUAUGUUGUUGGUGUUUGAAGAUUUGGUUAUUUUUCUCAUUAGGAGUUUGCUGGUGUUUAUUUUGUGUCGGUUGUGAAGUUAUAUGUUGUUUAUUUAUAAUAGGAGUCAUAACGUUUGGUUAAUCUGUUUCAAAGUGUUUGAAUUUGAAUGUUUUGUAAAAAUUAUAGACGAAAUAUUCAAACGAAUCUUCAUAAAUAUAUUUUUCAUUCAAAGACAGAAGAUAGGUAAACAAUCACAACGAUAAUUUAGUGGCAAAUAAAUGUAUUUUAAAGACAGUUUUUGUGCGCUAUAGGAAAUUCUUUAUGUUUCACUAAUUCGUCCCGACAGUUAUUAACGUAAACAUUCUUAGUUUUAUGCUAUCUUAAAUUAACUUCAGCCAUAUAUUUACACACAUUCAUACACGCACGCAUACACACAUACACUCCACACGUACACACUCAUGCGAUCGAUGCGUGUGUAUGUUAAUUUCUUUUUAUAUAUAUAUAUAUAACUGAACCAUCAUUCCAUUAAUAUAUAGUUGUAUUUCCAGAACGAAGAGAAUAAAGAAACAAGAAUAUAUUAAGAGAAAAAAAAAUAAUGAAUAUAAGAAGAAAGAUAUAUUUUACAAUAACUACAGCUAUAAUACACAUACACACCCUCACCAAAAGAUCUUAACUCCGCGAAAGCCAUUGUUUUAAAAUCAGAGAGCGUCUUCUUGACAAUUCGUCCAUUCCAAGACAAACAUGUCAGUGUCUUUAUUUAUUUAUUUAUUUAUUUAUUUAUUCUUUAAACUCGUCCACGUCAAAACUAUUGACCUUUCGAAGCUCACACAAAGAAAGGAAUGAAUCGGGUUACGACUUUCGUUUGAAAGCUCUCUAGAAAUUCGUACAUACACUGGGAAAUAAAAAGCAUUUUGGAAAGAAGCCUGCCGAACACAUGUCAGUCUAACCCAUCAAACCUACUGAAAAAAUAUUUCAUAAAACUCGCAUUAUAUUAUCACAUUUUCUUUUUAAAAUUACUUUUUUAAUUAAAUUCUACAAAAUGAUUUUAAUUCAAUGGCUAAAAACAAUCAACAUUUUCGCGUUCGCGUUUGAUUGUUGAUCAUCGAUCUUUUUACCAUCCCAGGUUAAGAUUUUAGAAUUAUUCCAUAGUGAUUCGAUCACUCUAACUAUUAUUAUCGAUACUCUAAUCAUCCUCACUGUCACACUCUCAAUAUUAUCGCCAAUAUUAUCAACAUUAUUUUCGUCAACAUCUGUAACAUUCUUAUCGCAUAUACACCAUACAGAAACGGGACGUUAGCUAGAUUGUUGACCAAUCUCCUUUCUACGAAAUUUAUCCUUCGGGAAGAGGGAAGAGCAUAUUUAACAGAAAGAAUUAACACUAAUUGAAUUAAGACAAUAAUAAUAAUAAUUAAUAAUUAAUAAUUUAAAUAUCAGUAAAUAGGAAUAGAAGCAAAAAAAAAUUAAUACCGACAUUUUUAUAUGAAGAUCUUUAAAAAAAAUGCAUUAUUCUGUAUUUUAAGACUAUUUUCUAUUCAUGUCUGGGAUGAUAGAAACAGAAUAGGACAACCAAUCAAGAAGUGAAACCGAGAUCUUUCUGUUGGUGUCACAUAUAACACUACGCGCUCUUUUUGUGCGUGGUGGGCAUGGUAUCGUUA